AUGUCGCUUAUUGUGCCGCCGUCUUUCGAAGAAUGUGCGACCUACGAUUGUAAGGCCCUGCUCCGCGCGUCGCUUCUCGGGGAGGCCAGGAAUGGCCUGGCCAUGUCUGGUGCCAGGGCCCGGUGCCCUGGCAUGGUCCACGAGGGGCCGCCCGCGGCGGGCGUGGCGCACAUCAACGAGCACGGGCGCGAGCACUUCGCGGGCUGCCUGGAGUGCCAGUGGACCGAGGACAGGGGCCGCGUGCUGUACGCCCGGAGGGGCUGGAAGCGGGGGGACGUCAUCCUCCGAGAGGCACCGCUGCACGUGGUGCAGCAGGAGGAGGGGUGCGCUGCCUAUCGGCGCUUGGUGCAGCUGUGCAAAAAGCACGAGGCAGACUUCGACUACGAGCCGCUGUGGUACUGGUGCGCUCUGCAGUCGUUGACCGCCGCGGAGUUGGAGGGCGCCUGCGAGGGCGGCUGGGCAGGCGCCUCGGAGGCGACGCAGACGAAUCUGCUGCUGCUGCACCACGAGGAGGUGGUCUCGCCCAGGAGCGCCGCCACCAUCCUGGCCAGGGAGAUGGCGCCUGCGGCGAGCCCGAUCACCAUUGAGCGGCUCACGCAGAUAUGGGUGCUGAAUUGUUUUGAGUACUCGGACGAGCCGGAGGGCUACUCCACGUACUUCUUCUCCUCCUUCAUGUCCCACUCCUGCUGCCCGAACGCGGUCUGGCACUACACGGGCGUGGACCACGUCCUGCGGGCCCGCAGGGACGUCCAGGAGCCGCCUCUCCGGAGGGUGUGCAUAUCCUACCUCGCCGAGCACAUGCUCCUCCAGUCAGCGCCGGUGCGCCGCAUGGAGCUGCACCGGUCCAAGCGCUUCUGGUGCGCCUGCGAGCGCUGCCGCGCCGGCGGGGUCGACUUCAGCCGCGGCCUGUGGUGCCCAGCGUGCCGCCAGGGCGCCGUUUACGCGUGCACCCCCGCCUCGGGGCCGGCGCAGGACGCCGUGUUGCGGGCGGCGCAGCUGCUGGGAUCGCGGUGCGACAAGUGUGGGCACGCGGUGACGACGAAGGAGGCGGACGACCUGGCGGCUCUGGAAAGGAGGCUCCAGGCCGUCGUCGAGGAGUACACGCAGCUGGUGGAGACCCGUGGGGGACAGCGCCCGACCAUCGCGCAGUUGAAGGCGACCGAGGACUUCAUCCACAGGGGCUUCGCGCAGCACGUGCUGGCCGAUCUGGCGUGGGAGCAGAUGGCCGCGCUGCACCCCCUGCGGGCCGACCGAUGCAGGCUGCUACGCCUGCGCUGCGACUUCUACCGCGACGCCUACCCUGGGUUGCACGGCGCGCACGCAUGGGCUCUGGAGGCGCUGGCCGACGUUCUGGCGACGGAGGCGGCCGGCGGCGGCGGCGUCGCGGCGAGGCUGGCGGCGCCUUCGCCGGAGGACGCCGCGGACGCCCGCCCCAGUUCCCAGCACUCGAAGUCCUUGUCGCCAGCGCUGCGCCGGGCGUACUCCAGCAAGAAGCGCUUCCCGGUUCUGGGGGGCAGCGACUCCUUCGGGGCGCAGGAGCGCAGCGCAGACAAAGUUCGACAAUUCCAUCGAGGCGGGCUCUCCAGCGCGUGCCCGAGCCCAUCUCUGGUGAAGUCCAUGGGCCGGCGCUGCAAGGCCCUCCAGCGCGUAAAGGGGAAGGACUUCGAGGCCAGCGCCAGGGCCGCGCUCGGGCUGCGCCUGGAGCGCGAGCGGCAGCCCCUGGGCCCGCGCGCGGACUUGCGCGCGGCUCGGCGCGGCAGGCUCGUGCUGGCGACGCGGCGCGACGCGGGCUCGGCGCUGCUCGCCGGGCGAAGGAGCGCAGCGCAGACAAAGUUCGACAAUUCCAUCGAGGCGCUGCCUUUUCCGAGGCGGGCUCUCCAGCGCGUGCCCGUGGCCAUCUUGACUCCUCUGGUGAAGUCCAUGGGCCGGCGCUGCAAGGCCCUCCAGCGCGUGAAGGGGAAGGACUUCGAGGCCGGCGCCAGGGCCGCGCUCGGGCUGCGCCUGGAGCGCGAGCGGCCGCCCCUGGGCCGCGCGGCGGACUUGCGCGGGCUCGGCGCGGCAGGCUCUGCCUGGGCGAUGCUGGCGCGUGGCCUGCUCAGAGCAGCGGGCGGCGACAGGCACCGGGCGACGUUCGGCACAAAGCCUGGGCAGUGCCCAGCGCAGCCAAGGGUGCGCCUGGCGAUGCGAUCGCAGCGAGGGCCGCGCAUGUCCUCGUCGCGGCCCACGAUCGGCCUGGCGCGGGCCAGGCGCGACGCGGGCUCGGCGCUGCUCGCCGGGCGAAGCCCCAGUUCCCAGCACUCGAAGUCCUUGUCGCCAGCGCUGCGCCGGGCGUACUCCAGCAAGAAGCGCUUCCCGGUUCUGGGGGGCAGCGACUCUUUCGGGGCGCAGGAGCGCAGCGCGGACCAAGUUCGACAAUCUAUCGAGGCGCUGCCGUUUUCCGAGGCCAUCUUGACUCCUCUGGUGAAGUCCAUGGGCCGGCGCUGCAAGGCCCUCCAGCGCGUAAAGGGGAAGGACUUCGAGGCCGGCGCCAGGGCCGCGCUCGGGCUGCGCCUGGAGCGCGAGCGGCCGCCCCUGGGCCGCGCGGCGGACUUGCGCGGGCUCGGCGCGGCAGGACCUGCCCCGCCAAUCAACCACAUCUAUGUCUACAAAGUGGGGCGUCCCUGCAAUGUGUAG